AUGUGCUUUGGCCCCGGUGAUGGAGAACGUCAUAAAUCCAAGAAGAAACGGCCGAACGAGAACCGGCGUACGAUCAAGCGACUGACAGAACUCCGGUAUCGAACAGACGAAACGGUGAUGGGACGCAAUCCGCUCUCUCCAAGUGAGCUCAUCACUUUCACUACACUCAAAAACACCGGAAAUCGCGUUAUGGGUGUGAUGGCGCCGACCACUGAUGGCUUUUUGGUUGUCAGUCACGUAUACACAAAUAGAGACGAGCGCUCGAGUAACGAACGACCUCUUGCCAGCGACAUCCUCCUGUCCUUUUGGAAACACGUUGCUAAACAGCCGCGUACGGCCAUCGGAACGGAAUUCGAUUACGUGUAUGACAAUUGCAAACUGGCAAGAUGUGUGAAAUCUAUGGUCACGGAGUACAUAGAGAUGAAGGAUGUGGGUGCUGGAGUUAGAAGCAUCGACUUUGUGCCCCAAGAUCGCCGGGGCCGUAAUUUCCAUUUGGUCGUCAUGAUUGGGCAUGCUCGAUCAGCUCGGCACGCGUAG